UAUAUCUCAAGAGCCUUCAAAAACUCUUCAACCUUACUACACACUGUUGCAUCAAUUUUUUUCUUUUAUUUUCCAUCAAUGGCGCUUCGAAAACUCUUAACAAAGCGUCUUCUCACCGGCGUCAAAACACCGUUGCCGGCGGUAACACCAUUAGAACAAACCAUAGUUCCUCCAAACACUUCCAACACAGACUUCCACCGCGAGUAUCUCUCCUCACCGGAUUCUUCCAAAAACAGUGGCGUUUUCCGUCGAUUUAUUCCCCGGAGAGCCGUGCAUCACUCCGGCACGGCCAAGCUCCCGGAGUUUCUCUCUCUUCCCGUCGGAGAAAAACUAAGGGAGAAACUCAAAGGCAUUAACAACAUUACCGGAGAUCGUUUCCGUGAUCUUAACCUUUCACCGUCGGCGGCUACGGCGACGAUCACCGGAAGUGAAUUUACAGUUGAGGAUGCUAGGAAGAUUCUGAGAGCUUCUCAAAUGGAGAAAUUGAAAGCGAAACUGAGAAACAUUCCGGAGAAUUCGGUUUGUUACAGUGAGUUUUUGCGGAUCUGUGUUGAAUCAUGUGAGAAUCAUGAACAAGGUGUUGAAUUUGCGAAGAAAUUGGAUGAAUCUGGAAACGUCAUCGUUUUGGGGAACGUAGUUUAUCUCCGGCCGGAGCAGGUGGCAAAAUCAAUUGAGAGUAUAAUGUAUCAAUCAAUAGCAAGCCCAAAUGACCCAAGAAGGAAGGAGCUACAGAAUCUGGAGAAACAAAAAUCAAUAAUUGAUGAAAAAGCAAAAGCCCAAGUCCAAACUGAGCUCUAUUGUGGAUUGGGCUUUUUAACAAUCCAAACACUUGGAUUCAUGAGACUCACAUUUUGGGAGCUAAGUUGGGAUGUUAUGGAACCUAUAUGUUUCUUUGUUACUUCCCUACACUUUGCUUUUGCAUACCUAUUCUUCAUAAGGACUUCAACUGAACCAACAUUUCAAGGCUAUUUCCAUCGUAGAUUCAUGUCCAAACAAGAACGUCUCAUGAAGACAUAUAACUUUGAUGUUCAUAGGUAUAAUGAGCUAUGCAAAGCUUGUUAUCCAAGUAAUCAUGUUGGUGCAAAUGGAAAAGCUGAAACUUUCUCUCCAACUAUCCAUAAUGCUGAAGAGACACUUCUAAGAGCCUUGCAUCGUUGAAGAAUGUGUUGAGAAAUGUUUAAGUAGUAUUUUUAGAUCAUGUAGAGCCAAAUGCAACCCUUUUUUUUCUAAACAUUUUGGUUCAUGUACUUAAGUAGGUAACCCAUGUUUGGAUUUUUAAGUGGUGUUUGACUAAAUAAUAAUUACUCUUUUAGUCUUUUUG